AUGGACCGCUUUACAGCAUUGAUUGGUGGGGAACACAAUCUACCUCCAAUCAGCGCAAGAGCUGAGCCGCUCGAGCAUGAACAAAAACAGACCAAUGGUGCAGCUAUGCACGAUCUCGAUGGUCUUCCUCCGCCUGAAGUGAUCAUAUCUCGCAACAGAGUGUUCGAAGAAGAGGCUUGGGAAUGGAGAAAACGUAGAGUGCAGAUUGCCAACGAAGCUAAUGCGGCUCAUCACAGCAUCGGUCCUGCCAUGCCACAGCCCCUGGUCAACCAGCCUGAACUCGACACAACAUCUAUGGCUCACAUGGGUGAAUCCGCCCCACGCGGCUUCGCAUUCAGUCCUUUUGUGGCGGUCACCAAGUUCUGUUACAAAUACGUCCCCAAACAGUACUCGCAGGCUCUUGCCUCAGCUUUUUGGGACAGUAACAAGAUCUACGAGCGUGGGUGGGACCUGUACUACAUCCACAGCGCCCACGAGCUAUCAGGAAAGCCACACACAUACGUCUCACAGUACCAAUUUCAAGCACUACUUGACGAAGUCAACCACGCCUUCCCAAAGGCAGACAUCAAGCUCGGAGACGACAUACGCGAGGAGGGCAUGGUUUUAGACUUUGACAGCCUUCCGGAUGAGCUCCGUCCUCGCUGUCUAGGCCGCUUACAGUCUCGUGAGCAGUACGACACUUGGAUGCUCGAAGCACCCAUCACACCAAAGUCGGGCAAGAUGCCCGCCGAUCGAAGUCUUGAGGCGUUCAGGGCCAUGCUCGAGGCGACUGCGGAGCUCGGCAAGGCGAAGUCCAAGGCAAAGAAGAGAGCGAGUCAUCAAAUGGUAAUCCAGAGCAGGCAAGAUAUGGGAAAGCAGGUCUUACGGGCUCAGCGUCGCUUGGGACUGAAAAAGAAGAACGAUGUCGAUGAUCUAGAGCGCAGCAUGGCGAAGCUCGACAUUACUGCUUUCGACCCGACCAAGCUUGCGCCGUUUCCGUUUGAAGAUGAUGCCAUCAUUAUUGCUGUAGACGUUGAGGCAUACGAGCGAUCGGCAAGGAUUAUCACUGAAGUUGGCAUCGCCACACUCGACACUCGCGACCUCCACGACACACCUCCAGGCGCUAUUGGCCAAGACUGUGGGUGGAACAAACACAUCCGCGGGCGUCACUUCCGUGUCAUUGAGCACAAGCAUCUAUGCAACCACGAAUUCGUGCAAGGCUGCCCAGAUCGCUUCGAAUUCGGCCAGAGCGAAUUCGUGAGCAGCGCGGACCUGGCCUCGACUCUUACUUCCUGCUUCCACGAGCCGUUCAGCAAGAAAGCAGCCGACGGUACUCUUCUCCCUUCUACAAGCGGCGAAGACAAGCGCAAUCUCAUUCUGCUGGGCCACGAUAUCGGCCAGGACGUCCAGUUUCUCCACAGCAUCGGCUUCUCUGUCCUCAAUCGUGGUAAUCUGACCGAUACCUUUGACACUGCUGCAAUGUUCAAGUCUCUUACCAAAGACGUCAACCCAACAUCACUCGGCAGAAUCCUUUCGAACUUCGACAUGAUGGGCUGGCAUCUGCACAAUGCAGGCAAUGACGCUGUAUACACACUCCAGGCUAUGCUGGCCAUCUGCAUCAAGGACGCUAUGAGCCACGACGAGGAGGAGGCUGUAUCUCAACGUGAAGCUGUGAACCAGCAGCGUACGAAUGUAGCGGUAGACGCAGCACUCGAGCGUCGCGCGGAUGAGAUGGAGGGGUGGGACCUACCUGAUGGCGAGGAUGGUGGUGUGGCUAUUGUGCCUAAAGAGGAAGACUACGAGUCGAAGAAGACCAAGGCUGCUCGAGCUCUACAUGGUCCGCCUCGUCCGCCGCCAGUGUCUGCCCGUGGAUUGUACACAACCGGUGGAGCACCUCUGGAUGUGUAG